GUACGGCGAUCCGAAUAGCUUCGUGGCUGAAUUUCAGCUGGCCUGUCAGGAUUGGAAGAGGACUUUAGUCGGCACAGUACACAGUUUCGGUUAUAUGAUCGGCCUACUUGCAAUGGGACCUCUUUCAGACAGAAUUGGUAGAAAAUGUUCGAUUGUAAUCAGUGGCCUUAUUGGUGCUACGUUUGGUAUUCUGAGGAGCUUCACUUCGUGGUACUGGAUGUACAUUGCACUUGAAUUCAUCGAAGCAGCUUUUGGAGACGUCGCAUCAUCUAUUUUUAUGCUAAGUAUCGAAAUGGUUGCUCCCGACAAACGCAUUUUGUUCCAAAUGUGGUGUGCAGCGGGAUUUGCUUUUGGAUUUAUAGUACUACCUGUAGCAGCUUGGCAAGUUCCUUACUGGAGAAAUCUUCUCAGAGUUAUCUACAGCCCAGCUUUAUUAUUUAUUCUAUACCUGUUCCUAAUUGAUGAAAGUCCGCGAUGGCUUCUAAGCAGAGGAAAAAAGGACAAAGCAAUAGCUAUCAUAAACAAAAUAGCUAAAACAGAUAAAGUAGCCAUAAACAAAGACAUCCUCGAAAACAUUUCAAGUGAAAAAUACAACGAAAUACCUUUAUCUAAAUUAUUGAAGAAUACAUUAACAUCAAAAACUUUAUUGAAGAUAUUUUUAAUUUGUAUAACGUGGUGGUCUGUGUCGACUUUCGUAAACUAUGGAAUACAAAUCAACUCUGUAUCUAUAGAAGGUAACAAAUACGUUAUCUUUGGACUUAUAAGUGUUUCAGAGACUGCAGCAAAUAUCAUCACUACUUACUCAAUGAUAGGAUUCCGACGAAAAAUACCCUUGGUACUUAGUUUCUUUCUAGCAGGAUUAUCCUGUUUUGUUCAACCUUUUCUACCAAAUAAUAUACCAUGGCUCACCAUCACCGUUUACAUGUUUGGAAAACUUAUGGCUUCUAUAUUUUUUUACAUAACAUACCUCUACACAUCAGAAUUAUUCCCAACGUACACCAGAAAUACGAUGCACUCUUUAUGUUCGUCUAUAGGUCGCAUUGGUUCUAUAAUCGCGCCACAGACGCCACUACUAGGUCCGCUUACCUAACCUGAAAAUUUGACAGGUCUGGAUUUUAAGAAGCAACUGCCUGUCUGACCUUCCAACCCGCGAAGGGAAAACCAGCCCAAUACAAGUUAGGUCACAUAUCUCCGAAAAUGCAUUUCUCGGGAAUGUGGGUUUCCUCAUAAUGUUUUCCUUCACACUGAGAACGUGAUAAUCAUUUAUGAUCUAAACAUGAAUUCGAAAACAAAUUCGACAAUCAUUGGUUUAGGCCUAUGCUGGAUUCGAACUCGCCUGCGACCUCAAAGUGAGAGGCAAGCGUUCCACCAACUAGGCUACCACGGCUCGGUAUCACGCUUACUCUCAGAAUUUCUUUUAAACAACACUAGGCUAGUUUUUCAACUUCAA